UCGUGACCUCCGCGGCAGGAAGUUGUCUGGAAACAUGGCGUCAUAUGGGUAUCUUACAGCAGUGAUGGCAGCCACGUUGGUGAGCACUGCGACAGUUGUUAGUCAAGAAGUAGGUGGACCCGUGGAGCAGGUGGGUGUGAUGGUGGGUCAGGUAGUGGAGCACCAUCUCACCGGCUGUCACCUGGUGCUCAUCACCACUACACAACACUCACACGUAUUUUCCAGUAUAAUCAGACACAUGGGAGCGGAAGCUGGCGUGGUUGUGGAGGCAGGGUGGAUGUUGUCCCAGGACCAGCUGACCCAGGACCACCUCCUGCAGGGGCUGUGGGGAGACACCAGAACUACCUGCCGGGCACUCAUCCUUGACCUCACCACCAGCAACAGUACUGAUCUCGUCUUCAGAUUGUUAGAGUCGUCAGGCAUGUGGAAGUUGUCUGAGACGCUGGUGUUAGUGAUGGGUGGGAGUGAAGGGGUGGAAGACGUUCUUCUCCACUAUGAUCUCCGUAACACUGUCCACGCCUUUUAUAUGGCCCUCACCCUGCAUGACCUUCCCCUUCAAAACCUACCGCGCCUUGCUAACUCACGCCUCGGGAAGACACUGAUGCAGGAAGUGAGUGAGCGUGUGUGGGUGUACCGGCGGUGUCUGUACUGCAACAACGGGGAGGCGGACGUCCAACUUAUCCACAAGUGGAACCUCACAUCCCUUCCCCAGCAUACUGAUGACCUCUUCUUUCAUGAACAGUUUCAUAACUUCUUUGGCCACAAGAUCCAGUUCUCAGCUGUACGAUUCUUCCCAUAUAUGGCCUUCACACUAAACAGCAAUGAGUCAGGCAGUACCGUCACACUCAGAGACAGUCUUGAUGCUAGACUGCUCUCUGUCUUCGCACAUACACUCAAUUUCAGUUUGGAUAUUCGUGAGCAGCCUCAACGUGCCUGGGGUUCACAGAAGAACGGCAAGUUCAACGGGAUGUUAGGUCAACUCCAGCGAGAGGAGGUAGACAUAGGUGGGCCCGUAAGCCCCCAAGCAGAGCGAGUCCGUAUCAUAGAGUUCCUUGGCGCUUAUGAAAUCGAUGUCUUAAGCAUAGUGUCUCUAAAGCCAACGCCCCUACCACAACACCUAUCGCUGAUGAGACCCUUUGCUGGAGAACUGUGGGUGGCGCUGUUGAUGAGCGUAGUGGCGUGGGGUGUGUCCCUGUGGUUUAUACAUAGGGCGAGGCGAUGGUUUGCGGGAGGUCGUGGUGUGAAGUUCACCACCGCAUUCCUGUACGGCUGGGGCGCGCUUCUGGAGCGGCCACCCUCCAACCCCUCCGUCAGCGACUCAGGAAAAGUGCUGGUGGGGUGGUGGCUGGUGUUCUGUGUCGUCAUGAUCACAGGGUUUCGUUCGUCAUUAAUCUCACACCUGACAGUCCAAGGGAGGACCCAGUCUCCAGAAACAUUUGAGGAUCUGUUGGAUAGAAGCAACUGGAAGUGGGGUAUAGAACACUGGAUGAUGAGAGGAAUGCCAAAGGAAUAUUUCUCGAAGCAUACUGACCCUGUCGUGAAGGAGAUAAAUAAAAAAAUGGAGGUCCUGACAGCAGAUGAGGCACUGCGGAAGGUGAAGGAGGGGAGCUACUCGCUCUUCAGUCCUAAAUACCACAUCACUGUCAUCAUUGACUCCAAGUACACCAACAGUUACGGCCAAACACCCUUCUACAUCAGCAAACGUGGAAUAGUUUUGAUUGCUUCCUUCGGGUGGUCAUUCAGGAAAGGAUCACCAUAUUAUACGCGUUUCCUUCAACUCAAAUCUCGGUUAGAGGACGCUGGCAUUAUACAACAGUGGGCCAGUGAAGUAAUAUCCGCGCGCGUGAGGGAGAACAGGGCAGCUGCUGCACUGGACCCUCAGGCAACCCUGGAAGACAGCAGAGAGAUGACUUUGGGGUUACACCACUUGCAGGGUGCUCUCUACCUACUGAUUCUGGGCUGCUCCAUCGCUUGCCUUAUUCUGCUGAAGGAGAACUUCGCCCAAACUAGGUCCUCGCGUUCUGGAAACGUUUCUUCGAUUUAAGCAGGCAGCAGACCCGGAAGAAUAUCGUUAGGCACUUGGAGUAGUAACUGAAAUUUUUUUGUUGUAUAUGAUAAUGCCAAAAGUCAAGUACAUGUAUGGUUGAGUUAUGAAUACUAUUCUUAGUAGCUAUAAUUCUUGAGAAAUAAAGGAAAAGCUUAUU